CUGGUUACCUCCCUGUUUCCAAUAUUGAAAACAGCUGUGGAGAAGAACAAACCCAUUUUGGCGAUGAGGUACCUGACGAAAGCCAAAGAGUGGAUCACUGACAUCAUAAGACAAGUGGAUGACAUAGUGAAGAGGUAUGAUCGACACAACCAAAGUGUGAAAACAUGCACCAGUGACGUGUACAAAGAACAAAAAGAGACCGAAGAAAAAAAAGAGAAAAAAUCGGAUGAGAUGAAGGGUCUGGAAGAUGCUCUGGCAAAGCUUGAAGAGGAGCUGAAAAAAGCAGUCAACAAAACGGAAAUGAAUGAGAAACUAAUUCAAAAAACAACUGAUGAGCUGAACAGCUUCAUCAGAAGAUUUCAGGAAGAACAUAACCACUGGACUAAGAAGUUCCUUGCUUUUUUUAGAGGCUAUCCAGAUGCUAUGAAAGAGCCUAGUGCCAUCGAUCUGAAUAUAAAACUGAAACAACUUGACUCUGAGAAGGGCCGUCUGCAAAAUGUAGAGUGGAACAUCAAAAUCAAGCUGACUGAUCUUCAGUUGCAGCUGGCCAAUUGUAAAAUACGAAUGGGGGUGAUUCCCGACCCUGACAACCUGAAGGAAGUUCAGCUUUGUCUUUCUCAAAUCCAACAAAUUCUGAUUGAACUGAAAAAGUUUUGGGAGAAGGUGGAUGCUAUUCUGAGCACACUGAAAGAUAAAACCUUUGCUGGGGAGGAAAUUGUCGACAUGGAGGACAUGAAAGAUGACUUUCUGAAGUCGAUUGAAGAUGCAGCAAAGUAUUGGAAGAGAUUUGGUGUGUGCUGUCAGAGAGCUCAAGGCGUCUUCAGUGUUCAGUCUAAAGAUGCAUAUAAAUUUCUGGAGAUCAAUCCAUCUUCGCUCUCUGAGGAGGAGAGGAAAAAGCAGUAUUGGUCUAUCACCAAGAAGCUGAAGAAAAUCAAUCCAGAUCCGCCAGCACUGAGUGACACCGAGAUCUGAUGCUUCCUGAAUGUUCUUUACACAAAUCAAUGCAUACAGCUUCUCUUGGCAUUUUCGUAAUGCUUUGUAUUCACUUAUAACCCG